AUGGUCAAUGAUAUUCCUGUGGAAUACUACGACAGCAACGUCACCAGGAUCGUUUCUAGGAGACACUGGAUUGUGAACGAAAGCAUUGAGGAAUCUCACCUGAAAAAUUUUGUGGUGCAGAAGAUCUACAAAAGUAUGAAAAUGCAAUCACAUCGCCUGACGCAGCGCUUUAAUCACGCGGGGAAGACGAUCACGCUUGACAACAAAGUGGAAAUAAUAAAGCGAUCGGAAAAAGGAGUCCACGUGUACCAGAAGUUUGCCGCUUGCGACCUGGAAGGCGACAGCCUCACCCGCUUCUUUCUUCAGGACGCGUACGAGGGAGUGGAGACAAGGAACUAUGACAUCCUCACUCAGGCGUACAGUCCCCUGGUGCCAGAGCUCAUCUGGACCAAGGUGCAGAUGGAGACCAAGAAGCUGACCUACAUCAACGUGUACCAGCCCCUUUGUCUCCGAACUCUGAGGAGGUACCUCCAAGAGAACAAGAACAUACUGCUGAGGAAAGUUCGACCAAGAGUGAGGGUAAUGCGGAAGGCAAACGUAGCCUCUGGGAAGAUGAACAUUGUCUGUCUGGCCACUGGUUUCUACCCGCGACACAUCAAAAUGACCUUGCUAAGGGACGAGCGAGCUGUCCCGGAUGAGGAGCUGACAGCAGGCGAGGUUUUCCCCAAUGGAGACGGCACCUACCAGCUGAGGAGAAGCCUCGCUCUUAGUGAAGAAGAGCAGAGGAAGAAACACGUGUACACCUGUACCGUCACACACCUGAGCCUGGACAACAAGCUGGAUGUCCGUUGGGAGCCAGAAUCUGCUUCCAGCCCUGCACUGUAUGCGGGUAUCAGUCUCCUGAUUGUACUUUCUGUGAUGGGCAUUACUGGGACCCUCUGCUGGAGAAGGCGAACUGGUUGUCAACAUCAAUGUGAAACAGCUCCAGCUGUGAAGUACUCUGCAGCCCAGGGAACUGAGCACAGUGACACAUCCUCGAACUCGUAAGGUGGUUUACCAACUACACUGCGGUAUUGAUGCAGUACAAGUUACAACAGCCAUAACCAGGGUAAUGGAUCCACUGUAAUGUAGCAUUGUUAAAUCUAUUUAAAUAUUCUAAUGCACAUUUAAUACUGCUGCAUUCAACUUGUUAAACUGCACAUAUUUUAGUCAAAGCCAAGGUAUUAAAUGUGUGAAAUUAGUGGAAAAUAUUAGAUCCGAUUAUGCACUGUAGCAUUUUUAUGCAUUUGUUCUAAAUCCUUAUGGUCUGUGUAAUAGAGGAUAAGGAUUAGCAAUGAUGAGGUGGUCUGAACAGAACUCAUUUAAGUGAAGGCCUCCUGUACUUACCUGGACAUUUACCUGCACAUGUUCAGAAUGUUGGCAUAUGUAAAGGAAUCAGGGCAUCCUGACUCAAAGCUGACACUUCACUGUCUUUAUAUACCCCACUGUAAAAGCUGAAUGUCAAAGAUAAGCACUCAAGAAAUUAAUCUGUUAAAAUGGAAAAUAAACUAUGUAAUGGAUGUCCAAUCGCCUAUCUUCAAAGGCCACUGAAUUCAACUCAUGUUGUCAAUUCAUGAGCAGAAAUGGCACGUUUACAGAAUUCAAGUUUUAAGUCAAAAUAAAUACAUUUAUAAGUGUGGGCAUUGGAUUUUAGCAACCCUACAGUAACAUCACAGUUUGAGGGCACUUAGAAUGAGAAACAUCUUUCUUAAAACAUCUUUACUCAAGACAGAACAGAAAAACUGCAACAUUUUUCCCCUCGACUGCAGUCCAUUUUCACUGUUAUAAAAAAUUACAGUAGAUAUUUUGAAAAAUAUUUUGCAAGUCUCCAAAGCAUUCUUAAAAUAAAUAAAACAAAUGUUCAACUUGAAUCCAGAGGAACAUUUGAGUAUUCAUAUACGGCCGUGAAAGACCACUUGGGAAUUCAUACAUUUGGAACAACGGUUCUAAAUAACACCAAUAAAAAAAAAUAACGGGGGAAGAAAGAAACUUAUGAUUACUUAAAGAAAACAAGUAGAGAUUUGUCUGGGCAAUAUCAGGAAAAAAAAAUUU